AUGCGACAAAUGCGACCGUGGACACUGAAUGACGUGACGGCCUUAUUUUCAUGGCUGUUUCUGGGUCACACUGUGUGGCUACUGGUGGGCACCACGAGUUUUGUUAGUCUUAUUCUGUGGACCGCAAAUUCCUUGCAAUUCCAGGAAUGGAUAGCGUAUCGCAUUGGGCAAUACCUUACGUCAGCUACUGGUGCGACGGUGGUGUUUGAAUCGGCCAUUGUUCCUAAUUGGAAAGACGGGAAAAUUCGAGUCAACAACGUUCGUAUCUAUCGCAUGCCGCGUUCAGAACGCGAGAAAUUUGAAAAACAUGCUGCAUUACUCAGUACCGGACAGGAAAUCACGGAAGACGAAGAUGUGACCCAUCGAGCGAGUCUGACCGACGAUCCGCUGGCCGGAGUCCAUCUCGAUAAGGAUGAACAAGAAAACGAAGUAUUAAAGAAAUGGAUGUGGUUCGACAUUACGCUGGAACGUGUGGAAGUGUCACUCAGUUUACUGCGAUGGAUGGACGGUAAAGGAUUGGUUCAAAGUGCCGAUAUCAAUGGCGUGCGAGGCGUGGUGGACCGUCGUCACGUUCGAUGGGAUCGCAGUGUCCCUUGGGACCCCGUGGCUUCCCGUCAUAAAUACACGCCCGGUGAUUUUGAACUUGAAAAACUUACACUCGAAGACUUGCUGAUUACCAUCUAUCAACCGAGCGGAUUCCGGCCCUAUCCCAUUUCCAUUUUCCAAGCCCAGUUAGACCGAUUCCGUAAACAAUGGUUAUUUUACGACUUGCUGUGCGCCACGUCCAUUGUUGGAGCGUUUGACAAGUGUUUAUUCAGCGUUCACACGCCUCAGUUGGAAAAGUCGGUUCUCAAACAAGCGGGCCACAUUGAUGCCAAGAAGUCCGGGUUCCGAAGUCAUGAUAUUUAUCAUUACUAUCCUUUCAGAAAACCCGACCCGAAUGGUGUGGUGGUGGGUGGAGAAAAUGCUCGGUUUGGUGUAAUGACGGACAAUGAUAUGAAGGAGCAAGGCUAUAAACGCAAGUCUCGCCUACGAAUCGACGGUCUGAAUAUCGAUCACAUCAAUCGUGGAUUGGAAGGCCCGCCAGGCUGGAUCACGUCCGGUACGGUGGAUAUUUCGGCCGAUAUUUACAUUCCAAAGGAAGCGUCGGAAGCCGAUUCCACUGAACUGUUACGGCAACUUGUAUACGAAUUGACGGAUCGCAUUGAACUGCCGCAACCGGUCAUGCUCGGUGCCGGUACCAGCGAAGACCUCCUCGUCGUGGGUGGGGGUGUCCAGAACCGGAAAACAAUGUCAGAAAGAGACGACGCUAAGAAAUUCAUUAUGGAUAUCGAUUUUCGGUUCAAAGACAGCAAAGCCUCGGUUCCACUGCAAGCGCCCGAACUCAGUUAUCUGAGUAACGCCAUGGUGCGACCGGUUGUCGCUUACAUCAAUCGCAACAAGACCAUUGUGCCUAUCAAGUGUCGUGUGGUCAUGGAUCUCAGCAAUUUUGACGGAUCAUGGACAGGUUAUGACUCGACCCUGGUGGAUCAUAUUAGUGAACAAUUGGGCAAAGGGUUUGUUGACUUGACCAUGGAUCAGCAAGAACGAAAUCGACGCCUGAAACGCAUCGGCUUCUGGAGUCUACGUGAAAUGAUUCGAAAUAUCGCGAACAUCCAUGACAUGAUGCGCGGGACUUCACGUGGCUUCUGGACCUUUUUGGGCAGCGCAAAUGUUUAA